CUUCAGAGGCCCUUUAUCUUCUUCUCUUCAUCUCAGCGUUGGCAAGACACCAGGGAAAUCGCUCUACCACAGUUAAUUUCAGUGCACGUUUCCACAUCUGCGCUCAUGUCCAAGACAUCAGAGAGUGACUCAAUACUGUAUCACCUGUACAUUCCCAUCGAGGACGUGGAGAAAUUGGAAAGGUACAAAGUAGGAGGCUACCACCCCAUAACGAUUGAAGAUCAGUUCCACGAUAGCUACCGGAUAGUUCAAAAGCUUGGCCAUGGCUCGUACUCAACAAUUUGGCUGGCUCAAGAUGAAAGAUGCAACGAAAUUGUUGCGAUUAAAGUCCCUGUACAGCGGAUUCAAAUCUGCACGAAUAUAACGUGCUUUCCGACCUUUCCAGCUCGCGACAGCUUCCGGGCAAUAGGCCGGGGAGAGACAUGAUAUCUUUAAUCUUGGACAGUUUCAAGGUUAAUGGUCCAAAUGAUGCCCAUGUAU